UUAAGCCACCUGUGACAUCAAGAUCAAGAGCAAAAUCAAGAUGUAAACAUGCCUUUGCCUGCUGGAGCGCGUUGAGAAGAGGAAGAACGAGAGAAAAGACAGGAAUUAAGGAUACAAAGGAAAGAAGAUCAAGGAGAAGAGGAGGAAAGCCUAGGAAGAAGAAGAAGAGGAGGAGGAGAGGAUAAGAUAAUGGAUGAAAUUGGGAGAUUGACGUUGGACUCCGCAGAGGAAGAGGAGGAGGUGGUGGAGGUGCCUGUGAAGCGAGCUGGUACCCCCACCCUCCCCUGGGGCACAGAAUACCACUACCCUCAACACCACCACCACCACCCUCAACACCACCUCCGCCCCCGCCGCAAGCCGCUCCUCCGCUCCAUCUCCGCCGAGCCCUGGACCACCGCUACAGACACCGCUGCCGCCCUUGUUCGGGACUCGCCGCGGCCGGGACGGAAGCUCACUAGGGAGUCGAGCAAACGAAAACACAAAACCACCACACAAGACUCUGAAGAAGGUCGCCGUGGGUGUCGUGGGGCCUGCUGCGUCUUGCUAUCCUGCUCACUGGCCACAACCGUCCUGCUCUGCCUACUGACCCUCGACCCCUCACACCUCACCACAACCAUCACCACAACCUGCACCGAUCAACCGAAACUCGCGCUUCCACUAAAUGAAUUUCGGACUCAGUUACGGAAGAACCUCGUGGGGCAGAGUGAGGCUAUAGAGGCCUUAACCCAUAGCCUAGGGGUGUUCGCGACCUCGGCAACCCAGCGGACUAUGGUGCUAUGGUUCGCCGGAUGGGAGGGGAGCGGAAAAACUCUCACUAUAAAUAUCCUGCGAAGUGUCCUACGGCGAACGUUUAGAAUCCAAUCCCUUCUCUCGCACUUCCUUCCGCAUACUCCAGAGGGGAUUCAGGACCGAGUGGGCAAGCUUCUGACCUCCCUUGACCCCUGUGGGCCUAACCUCGUCAUAAUAGAUGGGUGGGAUGAGAGGGAGGAUGCCCAGAUUCCACUCGCCAUUCUCGACUCUCUUCUAAAAGGGUUGAGUGGGCUUGAGGCGACGAGAGGGAAUGUUAGCAAGGUUUUAGUGGUGUUGAGUGGGACGGUAGGGGCUCGGGAGGUCUGGGAGCACUUCCGAGGGGGUGGGGAGAGAGUUGAACGCCAUGUAAGGGGAUCGGAGUGGGGGCAGCAACAGGAUCGGGAGUCUGAAAGGGAUUUGAGGGAGAGAAGAGGUUCGGAUAUGGAAUUCAACCAGGGAAGAGUACCAGAAAAGAAUCAAAACCACAUUGGAGAAACAGAAGGGGAUUUAAACCAAAGAAUAGGGCCAGAAAGGCAUCAGAACCUCAUACAAGACGCACAAGAGGAUUUAAACCAAAGAAGAGAAUCGGAGACGGUUUUAGGGUACAGAGAAGAAGGAGGAGGAAGGAAUCAGAACCACAUAGAAGGGAUCAAGAUGGAUUUAAACCAAAGAAUAGAGGAUUUGAACCAGAAUGGAGGGGAUUUAGACCAAGGAGGAGGACUAGGAGAGAAUCUAAACCAAAGAGGAGGAUUAGAAGGGGAUUUAAACCAGGAAACAGGGAAUUUAAAACAAAGAAAGGGAUUAGAAGAAGAUUUAAACCACAGGAAAGAUGAAUUAGACCAAGAAAUAGAAGCGGAAGAAGAAUUACACCACAAAAAAGAUGAAUUAAAGGAAAAAACAGGAACGGAAGUGAAUUUUAACGACGAAACAGAAUCGGAAAAGACCGCAAACCACCACCAGCAGCUACUUCAUCACCACCUCCUCCACACACACCCAGAGCUCACCAGAAUCAUCACCACCACCACCUCCACCACAGACAUCAUCACCGUCAUCCCCUUCCUGCCCCUCGACGCCACCCACAUCAAACUCUGCAUCGUGAGAGAGCUUAUACGGAUUCACAAAGAGGAGAUCCUGCUCGACCAACUCGCUAUGGGUAAAUUGACGCAGGAGGUCUUACUGCGCACUGAUUGGCUGACGGAGGGGGGUGAGGAGGGGGUUGAUGGGGGUAGUGGGAGGUGGGUCAUAGCCAGGCAUGGGUGUAAGAGAGUAGGGGCUUUGAUUGGGGUGCUCCUGGUUGGGGUAUAGUGAUGAUGGGGGGUG